AUGUCUUCAACAUCUUUUAGUGAGAGUUUUCUGACAGAUACGUCUGUGGACGAACAAAAUAUUCAGUUCAUCAAUGGAAAAACAGCAGUACAAUUUAGAGAUUUCAUCGAGAAAAGCAGCCAAUUCCAAAGUAUUUGGAAAGCGCUGACCGAUGAACGACGCGAUAAAUACGAGAUCAAAGCAAAAAUGGAACUCCUAGAAAACAAAAUUGAAAUUCUAUCAAAAGAAAAUGCCUCUUUGAAGAACAGAAUUGAAACCCAAGAAUUAAAAACAGUCGAAAUGGAAGAAAGUGCUGAAGACAUGCGUAUUGAGAAUGAAAUUUUGAUGGAAAAACUUGAGUCAACAUGA